GCGGGAAAUGUUGCCGGCUGAACAAAUGGCGCAUCAGUCCAACUACCAUAAUUCCGAAGACCAUAGUAGCAGAACUGACGCAGGGUCAGGGACAGCUGCUGCAGCCGCAGUUGCGUCCUCUGCAAAUAAUUCCUUCGCGCGCCAGACUAGUGCAUCUUCCGAAGUAGACCACCUCACUUGCUACAUGUGGCAGGACUCAUCAACAUCUCCGAAGCCGGACCUCCAGAGCGCAUUAGGUGGCCAGCAACAGCCGCAGGCUCAGGUCCUGCGCCCAGGGCAAGCCGUGAACGUGAGCUCUCAUCGCGGUGCGGGGGUGCUGCCGGCGGUGGCCCAGCCGGAAGCAGUGGCAGUUCCUGCUGGAGGGGUACUAUCGCAGCCGCACAUAAUUCCGGCGCAAGGCGGUGAGAUGAUGAAUCAUGGACAACAUCAGCAAGAACUUCAAUUUUUACAGCAGCAAUUUCAGGGCGUUGGUGUUCUGCAGCAACCUCAAUACUUUCCACUACCGCAACAGCAGUAUAACCAACAGCCACAGCAGUACCAGCAGCAGUACCAAAAACCCGAACGACCUCCGCUGGUCAGCACGGCGCCGGACGGACUUCGUGUCAUGUCUACGUCGGGCCACGAUCCGGCUGCCACCGUCUAUCAUGUCGCUGCUGCACAAGCACAAUUGCAAGCAGCAAACGUAGCUGCCGGACACCAGCAGCAAGACGGUCAACAGCCCCCUGCUUGUUCUUAUCUUCCAGCGUACUACACAGGAGCUGAUGGGGCAGCCCAAGCAGUAGCUCCGUAUGCGAUGCCGCAACAGCACUACCACCACCCCUGCAUUAACCAAAUGAUGGUAAUGAACCAAGCGACAGCACAGGCACAGCAGCAGCAGCAAAUGCAAAAUGUGCAGCAAAUGCAGCUGCAAAUGAACGCGCCUUACCCGCCUUUUGUGUAUGAUCCAAAUCAAACACCCACUCCGGCGGAAGAUGCGUUGGUGGCCGCGCAAGAGCAUGCUGUGCAGGCACAAAAACCAGCACAGCAGCACCAGCACACGGCUGUGCCUGUUAUGUCCGCAUCUUCCGGAGAUGGGGUCGAGCAGGUGCACCAGCACAAUCGGGGACAUCACUACCAACAACGCGACGUGCAAAGAGGCUCACCUAGUAGUACUGCGACCGCAGAAGCUCCUGUUGGAGAGCAUAAUAAAGGGCGUGGUUCUGAUGUACAACAAGUUGCAAGAACUUUUUCUACACCAACACCGUCAUCCCCGUCUACUCAACAACAUUCUCAGCUGCUACCGCAGCCGAAGACGCCCCCGCCAGACCAUCCCCCUUCUCCCGUGAAUUUGCUUAGUGCGGGAGUGAAAGUUGACCUUGAUCGGGAAGGAGGAAAAGAGCGCACUUCAUCUACGAAAAAGACGUCGGAGCAGGUAGCAGCAGCGACAGCUGCGGCAUCGUCGUACACGACAGCGACACAUGGUGCACAGAGGAAGAAGGCUUCCACAGAUACUACACACGCAGCGAUUUUUCGCCCUAAUGGAAGCGAGACAGCAGUUGUAGAAAAUAACGCGAGCAGCGAAUUGGAAUUCGUCGCUUCCUCAGUAAGUAGCAGCUCCAGCCAGACAACUCAGCAAGUAGCAGCUCCAGGCAGACAGCGGGGCCUUGUACAGGGGCAAAUGCGAACUGUGAAUCAUGAUGCCGCCGCAGCAGGUACAGAUCAGGACGCCGGUCAUGGACAGGAGUUACGUCAGCCUCGUCACACGAACGAGUCUGAUUUAUUCGAGGAACAGAAGGCGUUGACAGUAGACCUCGAAAUCGCUGACAAUGAAGACGACACCUCAUCUUCGCUGGAAAUGAAUCGAACUUUGUCGCAAGCUACCAUCGCCUCCAGUUCCCAGCCGGUGUUGACGUCAGAGCAGGCGCAAUCGCAAAACUUCUACUCCGCCUCGUCAGAAGUCACGAGCCGGGCGUCCGCAAUCUCAUCCACCUCCCCCCGUGGCGCAGCAUCCUCAUCGCAGAAAAGUAGAAAGAGCCGUAGAGGAGAAGGAGAAAAGGUGUACGAUUCGCAAACCGAGACACGGUUACAGGCACGAAGUAUCGGCUCCGGUCACGGGAGGCAGCACGAGCACGAAGGCGCGGGAAGUUCUGCGUCAUCCAAAAAUGCUCCUGUGCCUGCACCUGCUAAAGCGAAAGCCGCGGGUGUCGUUGAUCACAUGCGCCAGAAUUUAUAUGUUCCCCCGCACGCAAGGUCUUCUGCUGGACCAUCGAGCGUGGAAGUUGCUGAUAUUACAUCAAGAAAGAGUACAGCUGCAGAAAAGAGCGAAACUACUCCUCUUGUUGCCAAGAAGAAGCAGAAGAAGUCCGGCGCAGGAAGUCGCAGUGUAGGUGAUGGCGCCUCUUCGUCUGUCGCCUCUUCCUCGAAUAGCGGCGCGGGGGCCCCCCGUACUGGUUUGUUUGCUGCUGCACCAGCCUCGUCAACCGCCCACUCGUCCGAGUACAACCACCAAGAAUUAGUAGACUUAGUGCGCGAAGUGACCACUGGCACCUCUGCUGCUCCGCACGAAAGUGCGGUAGUGGGGCCGUCGCACUACCCGCACCAUCACUAUUACUAUCAGCAGCAAGUGGCAGCGCAGGCCACAGGAGCUGGUCAGAACCCCUGGCAUGCGUAUAACAACCACCUGGCCCACCUUGCGGCGCAGGCGCAGCCGCACGGCUACAACCCGCAACUUCAUGCAAUAGAGCAAGGGACUUCUACUGGCAACAUUCACGGCGUUUUUCACCACACCAACCAUCAAAGUCCCGUCGUCGAUCCCUGGACGGAGAGAAACCCUGCUCUGGCGGAGCAGGUCUUGUAUCCCGAGCUGAAAAACGAAAUGUUGGAGUACACGAAACACUGGUGUGUGGUUUUCCGUGCGGAAAAUCGGCAACGGGGCCGGCCUCUCUGGACGAUCCCGGACUUGCCGCGGUGGUUGAGUGGGGAUACCAGCUCGCAGUGUCCGCAGGAACUCGCCAGAAACCCGCACCACGGGGUCAACCCGAACGGCUUCAACCCCGAUGAGUGGGAGCUGCACAUUCCGCCCCGGGACCUUGCGGAUUCGCAGUGGUGGGUGCGGUUCCGCAGGCCGAGGGGAGGGGCUGGGCGAGGUCCGCUUCCGACUGCGUAUGGACAUCAGCACGUCGUCGGGCAGGAACAGUUACACGAUCAGUAUUUACGUUACCACCACGGAACCGCACUGGCUGCGCCAGAAGGCGUGCGCGCUCUGCAGCCUAUGUUGCAAGCCACAACGGAAGUGGUCGUGGGGGACCCUGCAAUUGAACUGUCGUGAUUUUGGAAAGCGGUUGAAUAUGAAUAAAAACGGGGCAGAGGCAGAGCAGCCUCUUCAACUUCUUGUAACUCACGAGAUGAAUACAAACACAAAUGUAAAAUCCGAUAAAAUAAUUUCAACUUUUUCAAUGUUCUUCGAAGCUCUGUAACUUCAAGCUGACUAUCGAUGCAGAAUGUCCGCGGCGGAACGCAAAAUGCUACAGUAGGAGAAGAACCCUUCUCUGCCAUAAUUAUGCCAAAAUGAAAAUCCGAAAACCGAUGAGAAAAAAGAAAUUGCAAGAGAAUAAAGCGAAAUAUGGAAAAUCAAAAUUAUUGCAAGGGCAGCACCCAGAAGAAAAUGAUACUGUCGGAAACAGAACAGCAUGAAUUUCUCGCGCAUGUUGAAGAUCACACUCGCGAAUGCCUCCAUGAAGCCUG